AUGGCAACUAUUGUUGCAGAAGCAUUUCUAUCAGCUUUUGUGGAAGUGUUACUAGAAAAGAUGAUUUCCCACGAGUUUAUCGACUUCUUUAGACGCAAAAAGCUCGAUGUUUCACUAUUGGAAAAGCUAAAAACAACACUCUUGACUCUUCAAUCAAUACUAAAUGAUGCUGAGGAGAAACAGAUCACAAAUCAUGCUGUCAAACAGUGGCUGGAGAAUCUGAGAGAUCUUGUCUUUCAAGCUGAUGAUUUGUUUGACAAAAUCAACACACAGGCGUUAAGAUGCAAAGUGAAAGCUGAAUAUCAAGGGAAAACAGUAAGUGCUAAGGUGAAAAGCAUAUUUUCUUUAAGUUUUUAUGGAGUGAUAAAUUCUGAAAUGCAAACACUAUUGGAAAGAUUGGAACAUUUUGCACAAAAAGGACACAUUCUAGGAUUGAAAGAAAGUGUUUCGUGCAGUGUUUGGCAUAGAACUCCAACAAGUUCUGUUGUAGAUGAAUCUACUAUAUAUGGAAGAGAUUGUGAUCGAGAAAAACUUAAGGGUUAUUUACUAGCAGAAAAUGAGAGUGAUGUUGGUAAAGAAAUAGGAGUGAUUUCCAUUGUAGGCAUGGGAGGGAUUGGUAAAACAACCCUUGCAAAACUGCUAUACAAUGAUUCAGAAGUAAACGAGAAAUUUGAUUUGAAAGGAUGGGCAUAUAUAUCAAAAGAUUUUGAUAUUGUUCAAGUCACUAAAACUCUUGUUGAAUCGGUUACUUCAAAAACAAAUGAUACUACUAACCUAAAUACUCCGCAUGCUGAAUUUGUCACCUCAAGAAGAAUUGAUACCAGUGACCUGAAUACGCUACAACUGCAAUUGAAGCAAAGUUUAAACCAUAAGAAAUUUUUGCUUGUAUUGGAUGACAUAUGGGAUCGGCGCUAUAUUGAUUGGAACAAUCUAAAGGACAUCUUUAAUGCCGGGAAAAUUGGAAGUAAGCUCAUCAUCACAACACGAGAUGAGAGAGUUGCGCUGGCCGUGCAAACCUUUCUUCCGAUUCACCAUUUGACACCUCUGGGAAGAGAUGAGUGCUGGUCUUUACUUGCCAAACAUGCAUUUGGAGCAUGUAAUUUCCAGCAACGGUCCAACCUAGAGGUGAUUGGCAAAGAAAUCGCUAAGAAAUGUGAUGGCUUACCAUUAGCUGCAGUAGCAAUUGGGGGUCUUCUUCGCAUUAAAUCGUCAGAGGAUGACUGGAAUAAUGUAUUAAAAAGUAAUGUUUGGAGUUUGGAAAAUGUUGAGGUGCAACCAGCUAUGUUUCUGAGCUAUCAUUAUCUUCCAGCUCCUUUAAAACGGUGUUUUGCUUAUUGUUCAAUUUUCCCCAAGAGCUCCAAGUUGAAAAAAAAGACGGUAGUUGAGUUGUGGGUCGCAGAAGGCUUAGUACGUCAGUCUAGAAGUCAGAAAAGUUGGGAAAAGAUAGGAGAGGAAUACUUUGAUGAACUUUUGUCAAGGUCACUAAUACAUCGACGAUUUGAUGAUGGGAAAGUAAGCUUUGAAAUGCACGACCUCAUUCACGAUUUAGCUACAAUGGUUUCAUAUCCGUAUUGUAUCAUGUUGGAUGAAGAAGAGCUGCAUGAAAGGGUGCGCCAUUUGUCAUUCAAUAGAGGGAAAUAUGACUCGUACAAUAAAUUUAAAAAAUUGUGUGGACUAAAAGGUUUGCGCACCUUCCUGGCCUUACCAUUACAAGUAUCAUCACAUUCUUGUUCCUUAUCAAACAAGGUAGUGCACGACUUUUUGCCGAGAAUGAAACAGUUACGUGUUUUGUCUAUGCUAAACUACAAGAACAUCACUGAGUUGCCCGACUCUAUUGGAAAUUUGAUAUACCUGCGUUACUUGAAUCUCUCUUACACCGAGAUUGAAAGGUUGCCUUCUGCAACAUGCAAACUUUACAAUCUGCAAACCUUGUUGUUGUUUCAGUGUGGGAAUCUCGCUGAAUUGCCUAAGGACAUGGGAAAACUGAUGAAUCUGCGCCACCUUGACAUCAGAAACACUUCAUUGAAGGAGUUGCCUGUACAAAUUACAAAACUAACAAAUCUGCAAACUCUGUCUAACUUCGUUGUCAGCAAACAACACGAUGGGUUGAAAAUUGCAGAGCUGGGAAAAUUUCCUGAUCUACAUGGGAGUCUUUACAUCUCAAAGCUACAAAAUGUUACGGAGCCCUGGGAUGCCUUUCAUGCAAAUUUGAAGCUGAAAGAAAAAAUUGAUGAUUUGGUACUACUAUGGGAAACACAAGGCACUACGACUCAAGGUUCACAAAUUCAAAGUUCUGUACUAGAGCAACUGCGACCCUCCACAAAUUUGAAGUAUCUCGGAAUUUAUGGAUAUGGUGGAACCAACUUUCCGAAAUGGUUGGGCGAUUCUUCCUUUGGUAACAUGGUGACUAUGACCAUUGGGAAUUGUUACCGUUGCUCACUAAUGCCACCCCUUGGAAAAUUACAUUGUCUGAAAGCACUCCGCAUUUAUGGGAUGGAAUCUAUAAAGAGUGUUGGUGUUGAAUUCUAUGGAAGUAGUUAUCCUUCAUUCCAACCUUUCCCUUCUUUAGAGAGACUAGAAUUUAGGGACAUGCCAGAAUGGGAGGAAUGGAACUUGAUUGCAGGUACAACUAUGGAGUUUCCGAGUCUAAAAUAUCUAUCAGUGGAUAGAUGUCCAAAACUCAAAGGAAACAUACCAAGCACACUUCCAUCCUUAACAGAACUUCACUUAAGCAAAUGUGAUCUAAUGUUGAAACCAAGGCAUUCAGAAGAUAAUAGUAACACUAUUUUAAGGCCUUCAAAUGUAUUCAGCCAGUUGAUGCUUCCUCUCAAUUCUCUUCAAAAGUUGACACUAGACCGGCUUUCCUCUCUGACAUCCUUCCCAAGAGACGGUCUACCCAAAACAUUACUGUCUCUAUCUCUACAUUAUUGUGAGAAUCUAGAAUUCCUCUCUCACGAGUCCUUGCACAAUUACACAUCACUUGAGCAACUGUCGAUUGAAUACAGUUGUAAUUCAAUGACGUCCUUUACCUUGGGCUCUCUCCCGAUGCUUAAAAGCCUGUAUAUUAAAGGUUGCCAAAAUCUCAAAUCGAUGUUCAUUGCAAAAGAUGCAUCAAAGAGCCUCUCAUUUAUACAAAGUAUCCAAAUACGGUGUUGUGAUGAAUUGGAAUCAUUUUUCCCCGAUGGAUUGUCCACUCCUAACCUCAUUUGUUUGGGCGUGUAUGGGUGUAACAAGCUUCUUUCACUACCAGAACCAAUGAGCGCUCUUGAUAGUCUUCAAGAAUUGAGAGUUUUCAACCUUCCAAAUCUGCAACACUUUUCCACAGAGGGAUUACCUGUCAAUUUACGGAAACUUUCUGUCGGCGGGAUUCUGUGGAAUAUAAAGUGUAGUUUGGAAGGUAUGAAUAAUCUUUCUGUUUUGGAAAUUGGAGGUUGUGACAUCGUGAAUAAGCUGAUGAGAAUGGAAAUGUCAUUGCUACCUUCUUGUCUCAUGUCUUUACACAUCUACCAACUUGAUGAUAUAGAAUGUUUGGACGGAAAGUGGCUCCACCAUCUUACUGCUCUCCAAGACCUUGAGAUUUCAGAUGCUCCAAAGCUCAAAUCAUUGCCAGAAGAAGGGCUUCCUUCCUCUCUUUCCUCAGUGAAUAUCUCUGACUGUCCAUUGUUGGAAGCAACUUGGCGGACGAAGAAAGGAAAAGAGUGGCGUAAAAUAUCCCGUAUUCCAUGCAUACUUAUCAACUACAAAAUGAUCUCAUAA